AUGUAUGACAUUGAAAUAUUUGACAAAGACAAAAAUCGUUUAAGCAUUUCACCAGAAGAUCUCCAAAAUAAGUGUAGAGUCUGUUUGACAAAAGAUGGCUUAUUUAAUAUCUUUGAAACUAAAGAAAAUGAUCAUUUCUAUAGUGAUAUAUUGGCCACUCUAUCCUUACUGCAGGUAGAUAAGACAGAUGGGAUGCCACAGAGAGUCUGCGAAGUAUGUGGUGAUUUGGUCACAAAAGUUCAUACCUUCAAACAACAAAUACAAGCAUCUCAUGUUAUCUUACAAAUAGCGUUAGGUCAAAUAAAUCUAAACAGUAUCGGAAAACCUGAAAGUAAGUCGGAAUUUGAACACCCUGAUUUGUUGCAACAAUUGGGUGUGCCUGAUUUACCAGAAGAUGAUAAAAUAGAUAUUGGUGACGAAAAUAAUAAGGAUGUUUUACAACCAGGAAUGGAGUAUUCUUGUUCGUUUUGUGGCCUAAGAUUUGAAACAAAAUCUGAGUAUAUUUUUCAUAGAAAACGAGAAGAAAGACAAAGAAGAACAAAACAAUCCUGUCCACAUUGUUCAAAAAAGUUUUUUACCUAUGAAUUAAAGGAUCAUAUAAAUUCUCACACAAAAUCCAAACCUUAUGAAUGCGAGACCUGUGGUAUAAAGUUUGGAUAUAAAACAAGUUUAACUUUGCAUAAUUUAAGACAUAAAUCUAACGAAAUUCCAAAGUUCUCGUGUGGAGAAUGCGGUAAAAAUUUUUUUACCAAACACACUUUGGGAGUGCACCAAAAAAUGCACGGAGGGCCCCCGUAUCCAUGUAAAAUUUGCCGUAAGAGUUUUUCCAAGAGAAAUGUUUUGAAGUUACAUAUGCGAUGUCAUUCUGGAGAACGGCCGUUUUUAUGUACUAACUGUGGUGCAAAAUUUUCACAACGAGGGCAUUUGAAUACUCAUAUUAAACUUAAACAUAGCAGUGAAAAACCAUUUGAGUGUAACCAAUGCGAUAAAAAGUUUGCUAUAAAGAGCCACCUUUCCGCCCACACCAGAACUCACUCAAAGGAUAAAUCUUUUUUGUGUACUGUGUGCGGAAAAAUGUUUCAACAAGAAAUUGCAUGUAAAGCUCACAUGCUGGGUCAUUCUGAGGAACCCGGAAUUUUGUGUAAUACAUGUGGGCAGCUGUUUCCUACUAGAAUAAAUUUAUUUGAGCAUAUAAGAGAAAACCAUGGUGAACUUCCUUUUAGUCCCGUGAACAAGAGACGUUGGCCUAGAGGUGUCAAAAUACGCAUGUGUGAACUGUGUCAAAAGCAGUUCGACAGAAAGAGCACUUAUGAGAUUCAUAUGAGGAGCCAUACAGGAGAGAAACCUUUUCCGUGCAAAGAAUGUGGUAAAAACUUUACUCAAGCAUCUCACUUGUACUAUCAUAUGAAAUUACACAAUGGAGAAAAAGAUUUUAGUUGUCAAUUUUGCAAGAAAAGGUUCACUCUCAAGGGUAAUCUUCUGCAGCACGUCAGGACACAUACCGGAGAAAAACCAUUUCAGUGUGAUAUAUGUUCGAAAAAGUUCUGUACACCUCAUACUUUGAGAAGACAUAAAAUUACUCAUAUGCCUGAUAAUAGUGGAAUUUAA